ACAUCAUCAAAGUUAUUGAUUACAAUCCGCGAAAAGCAAAUGAGAAGAAAGCAUAGCAACGCCAUUUCACUUUUCAUUCAUUGGUAACGAGGCCUACAUCGUAUCAAAGGAUACACAGAACCGCAUCAUGGUGAAAAUUUUUAUUGGCAACCUUGCCUGCAAUACCACAGCUGAGGAGCUGCGAGAACUGUUCGAGAAGUAUGGCAAAGUCUCAGAAUGUGACGUUGUGAAAAACUAUGGUUUUGUACACAUGAACAACAUGUCUGAAGCAGAGGAGGCCAUUCAAAACCUCCACCAGUACCAGUUGAAUGGCUGGCGCAUGAAUGUGGAGAUGAGCAAAGGGAGGCCCAAAUCAACCACCAAGCUGCAUGUCAGUAAUCUGGGUGAAGGGGUCACCAGUGAUGUUCUACGGGCCAAGUUUGAAGAGUUUGGCCCAGUGGUGGAGUGUGACAUAGUGAAGGACUACGCUUUUGUUCACAUGGAGCGAAUGGAGGAUGCCAUGGAUGCCAUCGAUAAGAUGGACAACACAGCCUUUAAAGGCAAGCUGAUGAGCGUACAGCUGUCCACCAGUCGGCUUCGCACUGCCCCAGGAAUGGGAGAUCAUACCGGCUGCUAUGUCUGCGGGAAACAUGGUCACUGGUCGAAAGACUGUCCAGUCAGUCGGAACGGUAGCCACGGUGACGGCACAAGAGGUCGCAGUGGCCGGGCACCCCCACGCGGUCCCCCAAGUUAUGGCAGGGGCGGCUACGGGAUGGCCUCACCUCCAGCAGCUGAUUACAUGGGUGGCUCUGCGUAUAGUCAGGCUAGUUACGUAAGUGGGAUACCGCCUCCCCCCCGUAGGCUUAGCGGCUACAGCUCUGAGAUGGGGGAUCGGUAUGCCGGCAGAGCAGCGGGUUCUUAUGCUGAGAGGUCAUCUUAUGAUCGUGAACGUGUCUAUAGCAGUGUUGAUUAUUAUGAAAAGUACAGAGCUCGCCCUUAUGGCUCAAGCUACUUCGAGGAUCGUCGUAUCUCCUAUCUCCCCCCUCCCCCACCUCCCCCUUCCUCCCUCUCAAAGCCUUCCUCCAGUAUAGAUCCAUAUGAUGGCAGGCCACUGCCUCCGACUUCAUCGGCCCCCGCAGCUGCCGCAUACUAUGCUCGAGACGGCAGCCCGAUCAGACGAGUACCAGCCUCCUCAGCAGGCUAUGCCUAUGAGCGAACACGGCUGUCACCGGUGUCAGCCUCCAGGGGCUCCUACACUGCUCCACGACCCAAGGAUCAUUACGCGUCACGCUAUGCGCCUUACUAAAGUCAUGGUGCCAAGGUGUGUUUGUGAACUGCAGGACUUACCCUUUGCUGUCAUUUCUUCGAGCUACAUGAUUCCAUCAGUCUGCGUGACGUGCUUCAAAGCAAAGCAUAUGAGAUGUUGAAACUAAGACUGGAAGUUGUGUUGACAUCUUCCAGGCACCUGAGAGGCCAGUUGCCUGCAGAGGAAUCGUCCUUUCAGUCACAUUAACAUAACCUGUUGUCAAAAAGGAUGAUUAGCAAAUGGCACUGUGUGACGCUUAUAUAACAGUAAUUUGAUCACUCGCCCUGCAGGUUUUCAGUUUUUAUCCAUGUCUUUUUUUUCUUACCUGUGUUUCUUCUUCACAUGAAGCAAAUUGUUGAAUUCAGCAAAUCUUAACUGUUUGGCUUCUGUUUAUGUCAUUUAGAAGAAGUGCUUUUGUUUAAUCAAUAUACAAACAUGUAUCUUCCUUUUUUUUGAAUGGGAUGAAGGUUAACCUGCACUGUAUCAGUUGCUUGUAGUGCAAAAGAAGCUUUCUCCGUGACACAACUGACAUGAUCUGAGUCAGUUAUAUGGAGGUGGAUAAAGAUAAAUGUUUUUCUGAAUGAUCGCCUUUGGUGUCCCAGCAGUGUGCUGUUGAGGUCCAUGACUCCUUAGGAAUGUUUUUUUCGUUUUUCAGCCAAAGGCAGUAGUUGUCACUUAAAAGUUGCUUCUCCUGAAUGGUUGAAACACACAGUAAGAUGUUGUCUGUUGGGCAAGAAAGAAAACCUGCAGACCUCCCUUUGUAGCACAUGAAUGGAUUCAGUGAUUGACGCUGAAGAAGACUAGAGAAUCCAUAUCCAUGCAACUGACCUGGCUGUGUGUUCAUUUAGGAUACAGAAACACACUGAGUUAGAAUCUGAAGUAAGACAUCUCAAACAUUCCAGCCUCUACUUGUUUCUAUAUUUGUUACAAAAUAUAAAAUUGACCAGUUUUAUAACACUCAGUGAGGUGUCUGCUGCCACAGUUGAAAUUCUUGAAUUGAAAGAAUUGUUGAGUGACACAAAAACAAGAAUGUUUGCUGAAAUGCACUGUGCAACUAUGUAACAUCUUGAGUGUGUUUUCUUCCCACUGGCAAUGUUGCACACUUUGAUCACAGCUGACAACAGACAACAACCCAUCAUGUGUUGAAUUUUGGUCUGGGAUGGAUAUUCAUCGUGCUCCAUAAAACAGCAUAAGCGGACACAGAAAUGUGAGACAGGACUCGGGACUUCGGCUGUUGAAGUCAUGAGGCACUUGUGUUUUGUUGAGGGUGCCUUUGUUUUGCAUAUAGGUGGAAUUGAAAUUUGUAUUUUUCAUACUAGCUGUAAAAGUACCAGCAUACAUUAAAAAUAUAAAAUGAUUACAGUUUUUAAUAAAGCCAAGUUUAUUUUGGUGA